AAAGGGGGCUUGUUCUUAGGAGAUCAGCCUGCCAUUUUAACCGAGGGGUGUGUGAGCGCCGAUCGAGAGGCUUGACACGGGAGCGCUGUGGGAUGGGAACAGAGAGAGAGGAGAGACGGAGCGUCCAGUCUGCAGUCCUGACACAGCCGAGCGGAGCAGCAGCAGCAGCAGCGAGUCUCCUCUACAGCGGGAUCUCACUCACACACACACACACACACACACCUGAAGGCCGCGGAGGACCACGGGGAUUACAAAGCACGCGGAAAUAGCCUGACAGAAUGGACCAAAUUGUUUGUAAAAAUAAAUAAUUAAGACAAAUAGAAGAAGAAAACCCUGCUGAGUUUUUUGGGGUUAUUUUUUUUUCUAUUUCCAUCCCCGAAAGUUCAGCGUACAGCUCCGCUUCUGAAAGUGCACUUAGACUUUUGCUGUAGCCUUCUGACAGAAUCAGGUUUUUAUUUGAAGGAGAAAUUGUCAAUUCGUCAUCACUGGCUAUUGGGCUGUUUAAGGGGAGCCUGAUCAUGGACAUUCAUUUAAUGAGGAAAGUGCCCGAUGUGCGUGCAUGAGCCUCUCUGUCAGCACCUCUGACCUUCUUUUUUUGUGUGGAUUUCGGUGAAAUUUCUUUUUGGGACGUCGCGUGUUUGAUUUGUAACGAGAUCAGCUGGACUUUGCCGCUCUGAGAGGGUCCUGGAAGAGCUUUUCACCUCCAUCCAACAUGCGACCCAUCCCGUCCAGACUCAGCUAUCUGUGUCUACACUUAUUCGCGUUCUGCUACUAUGCUCAGGUAACCAAUCAGUCCCCGCCUAAUUUCACGCAGCAUGUAAGCGAGCAGAGCGAAGUGACGGACCGCGUGAGCCGCAGGUUGAUCCGGAUCUACCAGCUGUACAGCCGGACCAGCGGCAAGCACGUGCAGGUCCUGCCCAACAAGAAGAUCAACGCCAUGGCCGACGAUGGAGAUGUGCACGCUAAACUCGUCGUGGAAACAGACACGUUUGGGAGCCGAGUGCGCAUCAAGGGAGCCGAGACGGGCUUCUACAUCUGCAUGAACAAAAAGGGGAAGCUCAUCGGCAAGAAAAACGGACAAGGCCGCGACUGUAUCUUCACCGAGAUCGUCCUGGAGAACAACUACACGGCGCUGAGGAACGCCCGCUACGAGAGCUGGUACAUGGCGUUCACCCGGCGCGGGCGGCCACGGAAAGGCUCGCGGACGCGCCAGCACCAGCGCGAGGUCCAUUUCAUGAAGAGGCUGCCGAAGGGGCAGCAGCCCGUCCACUCGAGCCACCACCGCCCUUUCGACUUCAUCCACUACCCUUUCAGUCAAAGGACUAAACGCACGCGCUACUCGUCCCAGCGCUGAGGAGGAGGGAGAGAGAGAGAGAAGGGACAGAGAGAAAAGUGGAGAAACUGACAGACAAGCAGCCGGCGCACUCCUCCACUCUCCAAAAAAA